UGUCCCGGCAGGUUCCGCGUGCAGAGGGACUGGUGGCUGCAGCUCGGAGAACAUGGCUCCUAAGUACAGGAUGAGAGAACUGAAAGACGCUGCAGAGAAAUUUCUACAACAUCUAAAUGACACAGGCAGAAUGAAUGUCACCAGUAAAGAAGAACUGAGAAGUAUCUAUGGUGAAUUCAAAAUACAACAUGGCCGUCUACCGAAUUUUUCUUCUGUUAUCUAUUGCCUUAAAGGGGCAGGAAAAGCUUUCGUAAGUGGAGACUCUAUUCAUCUGACACAGGUUGUAAGGAGAAGAUCAAGAUUGGCUGAUCAGUAUAUAACUAUUAGACAAGACCAGGUACCAUUACCCACUCAGCCUGGUCAGGAUGGGAAUAACUGUACAAGAGCAGAAGCACGAAGAAUAAUUCAGUGGCUGAAGGAAAACCGGCAGGAGUUUAUCCAAAGCAAGAAUGGAAUUGUAAUUAAGUCAGGCUAUGAUCUCACAGAUGGUCGGAUAAGAUUUCCCCUGCAAGUCAAUGAACCUAAGAUUGUGACCGUUUCUAUUGAGAAUACAUCCGAUAAAGUGGUGACAUUUGUCCAGUACAAACUUCUUCGUAAGAUGCGGGUGUUUUCACUUCAAGAUGAACAACAGAUAUCUGCCGUCAAUACUAAAAUUUUAAAUCCAGGAGAUGUAUAUGAUGUUUCUGUGACGGCUGAAACAGCUUAUUACGGAUAUUUCCCUGUAACUAUUGUAUUUGAAUUCAUAAGAGGAAAUGUGGAGUCCAUGGAGAAAUUUCUUAUUGGGAGGUUCAUCUCUGCAGUUUCUAACAGUAGAUUAGCUGAUGACCUGGCACCAACUUCCAGAUACAUUCCCUAUCAAAGGAAUCUUACAAGGACCUUGGAAAGAAUUGAGGAAGAUGGAAUCCAACCUGACAGGUCUGUAGACUAUUCCUUAGAACGGGAGAUUCCACUUGGUAAUUUUCCUUCACCUUCAUACCUAAGAGAAGAUAUAAGAAAAGGGCUGUUCUCCAGCAGAAGACCUAUAUCGUAUGCAUCAAACGAUGGGAACUUGCUGAUCUCAACCCUAGGGUUUAGCAACUAUCCUGAUAAAUUUCACUUGCUGCUACACCUAGAAGAGAUACAAAUGGAGAUUGACAUCCGGAAAUACGACAAAGAACGACAGACAAUGGAAAGAGACAGAAAUCUCCUAAUUCUUGAUGUGCCGGGGGUAGCUGAAAACCGCCCUUCAGUAUUAAAGGGAGAUCACCUUUUUGUCACUCUGUCAAAUGAACCUGAAUCCCCAUCUAAAGUCAGCUACAAGGGUUAUGUGCAUGGUGUCGAGCUGGAGAGAGUCAAACUUGGAUUUUCUCAAAAUCUUGUGCAGAAAUUUAUUUCAGGAAUGCUGUUUGAUGUCACAUUUACUUUUAACCGCAUGCCGCUGACGGUUCAACACCGGGCAGUUGACUUGGUCAAAAAGAAAAACCUGCAAGAAUGUCUGUUCCCAACUGGAGCACGCCAGCAAUGUAUUGUGAAUACAGACAACCUGAGACUGUAUGACCAAAAUCUUGAGAAUAACGAAGAACAGUACAUGGCAGUAAAGCAGAUUGUGAGUGGAUUCUCCAGACCAGCUCCUUAUCUCAUAUUUGGUCCACCAGGCACUGGAAAAACUGUAACUUUGGUGGAGGCCAUCAAACAGGUACUAAAGAAUAUUCCUAAGUGCCGUGUCCUUGCAUGUGCGCCAUCGAACAGCGCGUCAGAUCUGAUCUGUGAGCGCUUGAUGAAACACAUAGAUAAGAACGAUAUUUACAGGAUGAUGGCCAGCAGCAGAGAUUUUCGUUUUGUUCCAGAAAUUAUCAAGCCCUGUUGUAACUGGAAUAAUACAACCCAGGCAUAUGAAUAUCCUUGCAAAAAUAAGCUUAUGGAAUACAAGGUUAUCAUCACAACUCUUAUUACAGCCGGAAGGCUUGUUUCUGCGCAGUUCCCAGAUGGCCAUUUUACCCAUGUGUUUAUUGAUGAAUCUGGACAUGCAGUAGAGCCUGAGUGUGUAACAGCUAUAGCAGGUAUUCUGGAUGUGACAAAAGAAGGGCAGUUGGUUCUGGCUGGUGAUCCACAGCAGCUAGGCCCAGUGUUAAGGUCUCCAUUUGCCAUUGAGCAUGGAUUAAGUCUUUCACUGCUGGAAAGACUAAUGACUCAAAAUCCACUCUAUGGAAAAUCCAACGGAACUUACAAUCCUCAAUUUGUCACCAAGUUACUGCUGAAUUACAGGUCCCAUCCUGACAUUCUCUCUGUUCCAAAUGAACUUUUUUAUGAUAAUGAGCUCCAAGCCAAGGCUGAUGAAAUGGUCACACGUGUAUACUGCAACUGGGAGAAGCUUCCAAAGAAGAACUUUCCACUCAUAUUCCAUCAUGUGCUGGGGAAAGAUGAACGAGAAGGGAACAGCCCAUCCUUCUUCAAUGUACAUGAGAUAGAGGUUCUGGUGUCUUAUCUCCGUGACUUGCUGGAGACACAAGGAAAGAAAGGCAUAGCCAAAAUUUCUCCCAAAGAAAUUGGCAUAAUUGCUCCUUAUAGAAAGCAGGUGGAAAAAAUUCGGAAAGCCAUUAAUAAAGAAUUCGGAGCUGUAACUGACAUUAAAGAUCUUAAGAUUGGAUCUGUGGAAGAGUUCCAGGGUCAGGAACGGAGAGUGAUCCUUAUAUCUACAGUGCGGAGUUCUAUGGAUUAUGUCAAACUUGACGAAGACUUCAGUCUUGGAUUUUUAAAAAACCCUAAGAGGUUUAAUGUCUCCAUUACAAGGGCUAAAGCUCUCUUAAUCAUGAUUGGCAAUUCCAUCAUCCUACGAAAAGAUCCAAAUUGGUCUCGAUUUUUGAAGUUUUGCUGUGAUAAAGGUGGUCAUCGUGGCUUCCAAGCUGAUGACCUUGAAGAUCUGGAUGACACAGAACUUGCAGACCUUUUUGGAAACCUGAAUGUUAAUGUACCACAACCUAGUGAACCGAGUGGCGAGAGCGUAGUACAGCAGCAGGGAGAGCCAGCAUGGAGACAUGAACAUUAACUUAUCCUUGAUGAUGACUCUCAUAGGAGAUCUGCACAUAGUCCUAUCUUUGCUUUUGGACUGAAGCCUGCUAUCGUCUUUAUAUAGGUUUCAAUUCAGUGAUGUCUAGCACAACCAGUCUUUAUUUUUUUAUUUUUUUUGGACUGCAUUAAAUUAUAUGUGCUUUUUUUCAUGUAAAAUGUCCUCUUAUAAGUUAUUGAAAAUGUUAUUUGUCGUUUAAAGAACAGGUGUAAUUCUCAUAGCAAGAUCAACCACAUUUCUCAGACUCCAAAGCUGGAUAGUUCAUAGAAGCCUAUUUGUCUGUGGGUUUGCUGUUUCUUGUAGGAAGCUGGAUGAACUUAUGUGGCCUGAAUGGUGGUCGCCUAGCUUUCCAUAAAUACGAUCUAUAUAAGACUAUCUUCACACUUGCCAGCAUACCCCUCAGGGUUUUACGACAAUUCAAUUCAAGUACGAGCCAUUCAAGUACAUUUGACAUAUACAUAAAUAGAGCAUCUGCAGCAUUAUUCAUGUUUGUAAAAAUGCCAAACUUCAUUUAAGUCAAUGGGGUCUGUCAUAAUUCACCAGAAAUCAUUAGAAUUUUUUUUUUAUUUUUUUUUGUAGAACGUGCCUUAAAGGGAUAGACUCUUGUCAGUAGAUGGGUGUCUGGUAUUACAUCUGAUCCCUAUUCAAGUGCAAUACCAAAUGAAGCCAAUGGACCAAGUGUGGUGCUGCUUCUGAAAGCAGACCCUUUUUUAUAAUCUAGAUAAACUUCAUUAACAGAAUAAUAUUCUUUUCACGAGUAGUAAUAUUUUCAUUUAGUAAAAAAAAAAAAAUUGGGCUACGCAUUCAAGCAGCCGCAGGAAAAACUAUAUAUUUUUAACAUUCUGAUCCUGAAGUAGAGAUUGAUAUUUUGGCCACCAAUAUUCAUAAGAGCAGCCCAACCAACAAGCUUUCCAUAGAAUUGCGGUAACACUCCUUUCAAACGUCAGAAUUGGCAAUUUUAACCCAACUUGAUACAAAUUUUACUUAAUAUUUAUUGUAUUGAUCAACAGAGUGAAAAACAAUCUUGAUUUGAUUUGUAAUUGUCUUAUCUUUAUCCUUUGACAAACCCAGACCUGUUCCAUUGCCUGUGAUGGUGCACUGGGAGAGUCUACACUAUAUUAGAAUGGUUAAUGUCUAGCACACGGGUAUUUAUACUAAACUUGGUCAAUACAUUUGUGAAUUGUUGUAGAAGAACCAAAACUGUAAAUCACAGAAUUUUAUAUAAUUGAUUUAGAAAGUGGAAUGUCUUAGAUAAUGCUUUAUUUAAACACAAUCUCUUUCAUCUCCAAUUUAAAUUAUGGCCUGAUGGUGAUCCUAUUUGGAUUUUAUUUCCACUACUUUCUCCAAGUUUCACGUUUCUUAUUCUAUUAGUUGCACAUAUAUUGAAGAGUCACUGACAAUUAACAAUCAGAUUGGGGGAGGGGACAAGGGGCCUGGAUCUUGAUAUGCAUGUUGUAUUUUGGAACUGAGAAUAUUCACGUUGUUUUAGUUUGUCAGUUUAUCAGUUGGCUGAAAAAUUAUUUCCAGUUCAUACUGAUAUUUUUAUAUUUGGAUUUCUUGAUUUCUAUAGUAUGUUUUGUACUAAUAAAAGUUAAAAGUGAA